AUGACUAGAUGCUUAGACUGCGUGAUCUCCGACGACGAAUCGUCUUCCUCCUCUGCGGCCACCUUCUCCAACAAGUCCCGAUCCCCUUUUUCCUCUCUCUUCCACUUCGUCUUCUCAGGCAUCUUCAAGCCCCUCCAACCCCUCACCCAAUUCCUGGGUCCAAAAAGAUCAGUAGGCCCAGCUUCAUCUCUAUCUUCCCUCUCCAUUGACGACGAUGAUCUUCCAACUCAAGUUCUCAAGAAUUUCAAUGAAAUUUGUCUCCUCCGAAUUGAACUACCCAGUGGGGAACUUGGAAUGGACCAAGGUGUUCUGUUAAAAUGGAGGGCUGAUUUCGGUUCUACCCUCGAUAAUUGCAUGAUUCUCAGUGCUUCCUCUAUGAUUCACCCCGGACCCAGUAAGAUUUUACUCUCUAAAGAAACAUAUAGAGAUGAUUUCCGCAUGAACAAUGGGGAAAGACGUGUUUAA